AUGAUUAAGAAGAGACAUCGUUCAUUUGGUAAAGCCGAUUUGAUUCAACCAACAAAUCAUUAUUCAUCCCGAAAUGAGAUUAUGCCAGUGUCAUCAGCAGCAUCAUCAUCAUCAAUCGGCAAAUUUCUCAGUAAUCGUUUACGUGAUUCGAUUCAUUAUACACGGUCGUCAUCACCGCCGACAAAACAUGCACAUUCUGAUAAUACUGUACAUCUAACGGAAAACUUUGAUGAAGCAGAUUAUGUAGCGACACCGGAACCUCUAUUAAAUGAUAAUUUUAAUUAUUAUCAUCGCCGUCCUUUAUUAACACCAUCAUCUACAUCUUCAAACGUUGACUCUUAUUUGACUCAUACAUCACCUGAUACCAAAAAAUUUUCUCGUCACGUUGAACUCUCAUCUGGUUACAAUAUAUUAAAAGAUAAUAAUCGAAACAAGUCACUCAAAUUACCGAACUAUCGUCAGGGUCGUACUCCGUUAACACGGGUAAACACUCUUCAGCAUCAAAAAUCAUCAUUAUUGGAUGAAGAAGAAUUUCCGUUCGAUAGUUUCCACCAACGUCGAUUAUCAUUCAACAACAGACUUCUCAAUUCAACAUCUCUCUAUAAUAACAAACAUAAAUUUCAAUAUAAUAAUGAUGGCUCACGGCGUCCAUUUUCUAGUGACAGCCCUGUACCACCUCCCACUCAAUCUACACGGAUUCUUGACAAUAAUAUUUCAUCAGCACCUCCUGUUCACAAUUGUCAACCGUUACCGCCUAAUCACUAUCAUGAGACUAAUAAUUCAACCGAAUCAAAUUUACAACAACAACAAUCAUCAUCAAUCUCCAAUCCUAAUCUUCCACUUGAGCCGUUGAAAUUUAAGUCUUCGUCAUUUGCCGUUAAUACAGCUGAUAAUGAAGAGGACGAUUCUAUCGCUGCUCUAAGUCGAGAAUUACGUGCUGCUGCAUAUCCGUCAAAUCGUAAACAAUCAUUAUCAUCACCUACACGUGACAUAAUAGCAACAGCCACAAACACUUCAGCGUCGCCACCAACGUCAAGAUAUUCCACACGUAAUCAAACAAAACGAACCCUACCACGAUCAUUACCGAAGUUAACUGAUGCACAUUCAAGAAAAAUAAACUACUAUCACCAAACAUCAUCUGAAUCAAACGAUGAGAGGACUGAUGAUUUACUUCAAAGUUCAUCAGCAACAACGUUACUUCUUGAUCAAUUCUUCUCACUAAAUACUCAACAACAGCACGAACGAUCACAAUUAUUAAAUAUAACUGGUAGUGAACAAUCGGAAUUAGUGGUCAUUAAAACAACACUAGAUUUGAACAAUUCAACAAUGAAUGAUCUCACAAAGUCGACAUCAACAACAACGAGAAAAUUUCUUUCAAAGUAUGCACGUUUAGCUCCAAUAACAACAACACAUCAAGUGAAUAUUGCUACUGUUCAAAGAAUUUGUCCAAAAUUAAAACGCGAUACGAAUAAUAUUAGUGUAAAAAAAGACGAAGAUCAACCGCAAAAUGUUUUGAAUUAUAUUAACAACAAUUGCAAGGAUGAAAAUGUUGAUGUUCUAAGCGAAGAUUAUUUGUCUAAUAUGAAUUUAUCUAUGCCAUCUACGUUGGAUAAUGAUCGAUCAAAUCAAAGUGAAUUGAUUGGUGUCAUGAAUGAUGACGUUGACAGUGCGAUGGAUAAUACCUAUGACUAUGCACCGUUUGAACAACAGCACCAUGACAUUAUUGAUAUACCAUUACUUGAAUUAGAUGAAUUAGAAACGGCAUCAGAUAUAUGCGAAUCUCAAUUGGUACCGAUUGUGUACGCAAAAGACUUAGAAAAUGAAAUAGCUUUGUUACAAAAAGCACACCAAGCAAAACAACAACAAAGACGUGAACAAAGAGAAGCUCAUUUAUUAUUACAUCAACAGGAUGAAGAUGAUAGACUGAACGAUAAUAAUAGUGUACCACCACCAGCAAACAUUGAAUUACUCAAUUUUGAUACAUUGGACGAUGAGGUACUCAUAAAACAAGAAUGUGUUAAUGAAAUUCUUUCAGCUGCAACGGCAUUACUAACUCUUCCGACUGUUUUAUAUAAGAGUGAUGAUACGAUCAACAAUAACAACGACAACGAAAAUAGUUUUGAUACUAUGGAUAUUUCGUUAAUGUCGAUGCCAUCAUUUCCCAUUAUAACUACUUCAAAUAUACAACAACAUACAACACUGGCUCAUAAUCGUCUAUGUUUAUGGUAUCGAUUGUCGGCCAAAUUAUGGUUCAAAAUAUUAUCGUAUUUAAAUCAAAAUGAAUUGUACAAUUUUUCUCAAGCAUGUAAGAGAUUUUAUUUAUUAGUUCAAGAUCAAGCAUGUCAACAUCGUACGAUACUCUAUCGAAAACCAAUAAUUGAACAACAAUGGCUACAUACUAUUGCUAGACGAAAACCGAUAGCAUUGGCAUUUAUUGAAUGUGGACAACAAAAUCUUGAACAAGACAAAAAACCAACAUUAGACAGUCAAAUUAAUAAUGAUUUUAAAUUGUCAAAUCAUAUGAAUAUUGCUGAAUGGAAUGAAUUUUUCAAUAAUAUUCGUACAAAUUUGACCGACAUGACAAUAACCAAUUGUUAUUAUGAACCAUUUACACCUAAUUUUCUAUUACCAAUUAUAUUCGAUAAAUGCAACAGUAUAAAAACAUUAAAUAUUAGCUGGAAUAAUCUCACACCAGUUACAUUUACUCUAUUAUCCCAUCAUCAAUUAUCUUCACUUGAUUUAAGUGGUUGUCAAACAUUAACCGAUUCAAUUAUAACUCAAUUAUUUUUUCAUGAUAAUAAUCCUUCAAUUCUUUCAUUACAUUUGAUCAUUUUAAAGUUAGCUUUUUGUGUAAAUAUAACCUGGUCAAGUUUAACAGUAAUUAGUGAACAUCUUAAAUCAUUAAAGCAUUUAAAUAUACGACAAUGUAUCGGAUUAGAAUAUCAAUUUGAUAAUGAUAACUUAAAUUGUUUUCAAUAUUGGUCAAAUUUAGAAUAUUUAGAUAUGAGUCAAUUAUUAUCAUUAACAGACAAUGAUAUAUUGAAACUCACUAUAAAUUGUAAAUCUUUAAAACAACUUUAUUUAGAUAGUUGUAUUAAUUUAACGGAUCAAACAUUGUACACAAUAGGAAAUAAUUUACAAUUAACAUUAGAAUUGAUUAGUCUUGAAAAUUGUGUAAAUAUACAACAAAAUAUUGCCUAUUUAUUUCUAAUUCAACAAUGUUUAAAUUUACGCUCAAUGAAUUUGUCAUUUACAUGUGUUAGUGAUGAAUAUAUUCGUUCAUGGAUAAAUCAAAGUGAAAAUAAUUUAAAUUAUUUAGAAAUAUUAUCAUUAAAUUCAACUAAAUGUACAUAUAAUGGAAUUAAAAUAAUAUUAGAUUCAUGUAAAAAUCUCAGACAAAUUAAUCUUAUAGGUUUAUUCAAUCAAUUAUCAGAACAAAAUCAAUUAAAAGAAGAAUAUAAAAAUGUAAUUGAUUUUAAUGAUCGAUGGCCAACUGUUCUUGAUACAAUACGUUGUGUAAUUAGUUUAAGUCGUUCCGGAGUAAUCAAUAAACAAACAUGGCAAACACAUAUUUAUGAGUUAUGCGUUGCCACACCGAAUAGCCAUGCUGAACGUCUCUAUGAAGAGACCAAACAAUUUCUUGAAGAUCAUACAUCAUCAAUGAAAAAAGAUAUUUCUGAUGCUGAUCAAGAUAUGUUAACAGUUUAUGUCAAAUAUUGGACUGAAUAUAGUAAUGGAGCACAAUAUCUCAAUCUUCUCUAUGGAUAUUUGAAUACACAAUUUGUGAAAAAACGUCAAGUAAAUGAUCAUGAUCAGUUACUUGAUUGUAAUUUAGAGUCAAAUGAGCAACCAUUAUUUGAAAUUGGAGAAAUGGCACUUGAUUGUUGGACAAAGAUUAUUAUUGAACCAUUAAAGGAUCAUUUAGUUAAUCUACUACUUGAACAAAUUCAUAGAGAUCGAAUAAAUGAACCUGUAAAUCAAGCAACAAUUAAAGGAGUAAUUAUGUCAUUUGUUGAUGUUUGUCAACAUCGAAAAAUAUUAUCAUUAGAAUUAUAUGAAAAAUCAUUUGAAACACAGUUAUUACAAGCAACCGGUGAAUAUUAUAGACAAGAAGGAAAUCGUUUAUUAUCCGUUCUAAAUUGUAUUCAGUAUAUGAAGAAGGUGCUAUUAUUAUUAGAUGAUGAAGAAUUUCGUAGUCGAAAAUUUUUAAAUCCAACAUCUUUUACAAAAGUCUAUAAUGAAUGUCAUCAAUAUUUAAUUACUGUACAUAUGGAAACAUUGAAAAAUGAAUGUAAUAAAUUAAUUAUUGAAGAAGAUUUAGAAGCAUUACAAAAUAUGUAUAAAUUAUUUAAACCUAUUCAAACGGGUAUUCAAUAUAUGGUUGAACGUUUACAAGAAAAUAUAACACGUAUUGGAAAUGAAAAAAUUCAAUCACUUAAAGGAGAAAAUUUACCAACAUUAUUUGUCGAAGCAUUACUUGAAUUACACAAUAAAUAUAUGAAUGUUAUACGUGACGUGUUUUCAAAUGAUCAAGAGUUUGUUAGCGGUGAGAUAGAUCAUCUUGUUUAUAUACAAUUAUCAUAUUUAUCAAAUGUUUUGUUUUUUUUAGCUCUUGAUAAAGCCUGUGCAAAUAUUGUGAAUAUGAAACGUGAUUCAAAACAAAUCACAAAAGCACCGGAACUAUUAGCUCGUUAUUGUGAUAAUUUAUUACGUAAAUCAUCUAAAUCAGUUACAGAACAAGAAAUUGAAGAUAAAUUAUUAGCUUCUAUAACAAUAUUUAAAUAUCUAGAUGAUAAAGAUUAUUUUCAAAGAUUUUAUCAAAAAAUGCUUGCUCGUCGUCUGAUUAAUAAUCAAUCAACAUCCAUGGAUGCUGAAGAAUUUAUGGUCACAAAACUAAAACAAACGUGCGGUUAUGAAUUUACCGGUAAAUUAGCACGUAUGUUUCAAGAUAUUAAGGUCAGCGAUGAUUUGAAUGCAAAAUUUUUGGAUUAUUUAAAACCAACGGUGUCUGCUGAAAAACAACAGCAAUUACAAUCGUCUUCCACAACCACAUUGUCAAAUUUAAUUGGCAUUGAUUUUAGUAUCUAUGUUUUACAAGCAAAUUCAUGGCCAAUAUCACAAUCAAGUACAAAUACGUUUUCUAUACCUCAACAAUUAGAAAAACCAUUGCAUAUGUUUGAAGAAUUUUAUGCUGAAGUUCGAAUGAGUCAACUUGAUCGUCCAUAUUUUGUAACAAUGAGCACAUAUCAAAUGUCUGUAUUAUUGUGUUUUAAUGAAGUUCGACAACUGACAGUUGGAGAAUUAGAAGAAGCAACUAAACUACAUACAAAAGAAUUAGAAAAACAAAUACAAUCAUUAAUUGAAGCAAAAUUUUUAUUAGGAGAUAUGACUGAUUUAAAAUCAACUUCUCUAAUUGAAAUUAAUUUUGAUUACAAAAGUAAACGAACAAAAUUUAAAAUAUCAUCUGUCGGACAAAAAGAUACCACACAAGAAGCAGAAGCUGCACAACAAGCAGCUGAUGAAGAUCGAAAAUUUUAUCUUCAAGCUGUUAUAGUGCGAAUUAUGAAAGCACGAAAAACACUUAAACAUAAUUCAUUAAUAGAAGAGGUAAUUACCCAAUCCAAACAACGUUUUAUGCCAUCAAUUCAAUUAAUCAAAAAAUGUAUUGAAAUAUUGAUUGAUAAACAAUAUCUUGAACGACCUUCAACCGAUGAAUACAGUUAUGUGGCGUGA